GUGUGCAGGUGCCGUGCAGUUCAGCUUGCCAGUUGGAUAAGCCGAGGCCUCAACUCCUUCGUCGCCUUCCGCCGCUACUCGAUCAGCAGCUCAGCCUCCUCACCGUCGCAGUCUUCACGACUCCUCCCCGCGCCUUCUCGACGUUCUAGAACUCUCCCUCCUCCUCCUCUCCAUUUCCGAACCUUUUUAAGCUCCCCUACGAGCUUCCAUUCUCAGAUCUGCAAGAAAGAACAGCUAGAACAAUCACUUGCAAGCAUACACACACCAAGCUAGCUAGCUCGAUCGUCGCCAAUGGCGUCGUCCUCCCUCGUCACCUCUCUCUUGUUCAGCAGUAGCAGCAGCAGUAACACUGCAACUAGUACAAGCUCAAGAAGAAGCUUCAGUCUUUUCUCCAAGAACCAGUACUGCAAGCCUAGGCCUCUCAGGCGAAGCAGUAGCCGCCUCCUCGUCAGGUGCUCCUUGCAACAGCAGCAGGAGGAGAAGGCGGCGCCGGCGGCGGAGUCGCACCACGCCGGCGGCGGACAGGACGACGCCGCCACGGCGUCGCACCACGCCGUGGAAGGAGAGAACGGUGUCGCAGACGCCGACGGCGGCGGCGUGAAGAAGAGCAAGGAGGAGUUGGAGGAGGAGGAGCAGCAGGAGGUGGACUGGAGGUCGGACGAGGAGUUCAAGAGGUUCAUGGGGAACCCGUCCAUCGAGGCCGCCAUCAAGCUGGAGAAGAAGCGCGCCGACCGGAAGCUCCGCGAGCUCGACCGCGAGCCCGACGCCAACCCGCUCGCCGGCCUCCUCCGCGGCCUCGCUAGGGGCCAGCUCGCCCGCGAGAAGGAGAGGCUCGAGCUCGCCGAGAACACCUUCAAGGCGCUUGACCUCAACAAGGUAUAUCAAUGGCGUCUUGACCUCAAGAGCUGCUUCGGCUACGACACGUUCUUCGCCGUGGACGUCCGGAGGUUCGGCGACGGCGGCAUCUUCAUCGGCAACCUGAGGAAGCCCGUGGAGGAGGUGAGGCCGAAGCUGGAGAAGAAGAUCGCCGAGGCGGCCGGCACAGACGUCACCCUCUGGUUCAUGGAGGAGAAGAACGACGACAUCACAAAACAGGUCUGCAUGGUCCAGCCGAAGGCAGAGAUCGACCUGCAGCUGGAGAUCACCAAGCUGAGCACGCCGUGGGGAUACCUGAGCGCCGUGGCGCUGGCCGUCACGACGUUCGGGACGAUCGCCAUCAUGAGCGGCUUCUUCCUCAAGCCCGGCGCGACGUUCGACGACUACGUCUCCGACGUGCUCCCUCUCUUCGCCGGCUUCCUCUCCAUCCUCGGCGUAUCCGAGAUCGCGACGAGGCUGACGGCGGCGAGGUACGGCGUGAAGCUGAGCCCGUCUUUCCUGGUGCCGUCCAACUGGACGGGGUGCCUCGGCGUGAUGAACAACUACGAGUCGCUGCUGCCGAACAAGAAGGCCCUGUUCGACAUCCCGGUGGCGCGCGCGGCGAGCGCGUACCUCACCUCGGUGGCGCUCGCCGUCUCCGCGUUCGUCUCCGACGGCAGCCUGAACGGCGGCAAGAACGCGCUGUUCGUCCGGCCGGAGUUCUUCUACAACAACCCGCUGCUGUCGUUCGUGCAGGCGGUGAUCGGGCCGUACGCCGACGAGCUCGGGAACGUGCUGCCGAACGCGGUGGAGGGCGUCGGCGUGCCGGUGGACCCGCUGGCGUUCGCGGGGCUGCUCGGGAUCGUGGUGACGUCGCUGAACCUGCUGCCGUGCGGGAGGCUGGAGGGCGGGCGGAUCGCGCAGGCGCUGUUCGGGCGCGGCGCGGCGGCGGUGCUGUCGUUCGCGACGUCGGUGGCGCUCGGCGCGGGCGCCAUCAUCGGCGGGAGCGUGCUGUGCCUGGCGUGGGGGCUGUUCGCGACGUUCGUCCGCGGCGGCGAGGAGAUCCCGGCGCAGGACGAGAUCACGCCGCUGGGGAGCGAGCGCUACGCGUGGGGGCUCGUGCUCGCCGUCGUCUGCCUCCUCACGCUCUUCCCCAACGGCGGCGGCACCUACUCCAGCGACUUCCUCGGCGCGCCAUUCUUCCGCGGCGGCAUCUAAGGCGCCCCUCGAGGCCUCGAUCGAUCUCUCCAUCCAUGGCGGCGCGAGUAGGCUUUAGUGGGCGAACAAGUAGCUAGAGGGCGAUUACUCUGUUUAUGCUUCGACGCGUAUGUGUAUAUAACAACAUAAAUCAUACGUAUUACUAGUACUUACUAACCUCUACGAAUUUUGCAUUUGAAGAUCUUAUAUUGUUCUUUUCGGCUACUUUACUGAAUUAUUAUCGCUGAUUAUUUACACCACGCAUUCAAAAUUA